AUGCAGGUUUCUCGCUUUAGCCCUUACAGAGAUGGGCAUCUCUCACCAAAGGCUUCUAAUACUACUUCUACUUGGAUGGACAUUUUCAGGAUAUUGAGUCGAGGGGCGGCUCUCAAAACGAGUAAAGCGGCCACGGCUGACUUUUCAGAAAAAUCGAAAAAACAAGACCCAAACAAGAACCACAAGUCUAUCCAGGACGAUAUCGAUAGAGAAACAGACUUCUUCAGAACAAAGAACCAUAAACCCAAAGUGGAGGAAAAAGAAGACCAGGAAGAGGUCGAGGAGGCUCCAAAAGCGGUUAUUUCUACGCCAGAAGAUGCCCAGAAGUUCCGUAAAUCAGCUGGGUCCAAGGUUACUGGCCAUGAUGUGCCUCUCCCCAUCGGAUCGUUUGAAGACUUGGUUUCCAGGUUUCAAAUCAACAAAAGACUUUUGCAUAACCUUCUAGACGCUGAGUUUGUGGAGCCAACGCCGAUUCAGUGUGAAGGUAUUCCUGUGGCGUUGAAUGACAGAGACCUUAUUGGAUGUGCUCCUACAGGUAGUGGUAAGACAUUGGCGUUUUUGAUCCCGAUGAUCCAGACGCUUUUGGAGAAUGCUCCUGCUAAGAAUACGAAAAUCAGGGGUCUUGUGAUUGCGCCUACGAACGAGUUGGCGCUGCAGAUUUUCCAGCAGCUUCAGACCAUCACCAAGGGCCAUAAGAGCUUGCCUAGUGCUAUUCUUUCAAGGCAAAUGGCUAGCCGGUUUCAGGAUGGUGCUGUUAAGUCGACGAAAUACGCUAUUAUCGUUUCCACGCCAUUGCGUCUUCUAGAUGUGGUCAAGAACGGGUUUGUCGAUUUGACUACUUUAGAGCAGUUAGUCAUUGAUGAGGCCGAUAGGCUUUUCGAUAAGGGUUUCGUGGAGCAGACCGAUGCACUUUUGGCGAACAUGACGAAUCCAAAGUUGAGGAGGUCUAUCUUCUCUGCUACCAUUCCUGCUGGUGUGGAAGAGCUUGCCAAUUCUAUCAUGAGGGAUCCAGUGAGAGUCAUUGUGGGUCACAAGGAAGCUGCAUCGCUGAAUAUCGACCAGAAAUUGGUUUUCACGGGUAGCGAAGACGGUAAAUUGGUUGCCAUUCGAGAAAUGCUCCAGAAAGGUGAGUUUAAGCCACCUGUGAUCAUUUUCUUGCAAAGUAUCACUCGUGCCAAAGCAUUGUUUCAUGAAUUGAUUUACGAUAAGCUUAAUGUUGACGUUAUUCACGCUGAGAGAACGCCUAAGCAGAGAGACGAGGUUAUUAAGAGGUUCAAGAAUGGUGAUAUCUGGGUUCUUAUCACCACAGACGUGUUGGCCAGAGGUGUGGAUUUCAAAGGUGUCAACCUUGUUAUCAACUACGAUGUUCCCCAAACAGCACAAGCAUAUGUCCACAGAAUCGGUAGAACUGGGCGUGGUACAAACAAGGGUAAGGCCGUUACGUUCUUUACCAAGGAAGAUACCACGAUAGUUAAACCAAUUGUCAAUGUCAUGAAGCAGUCUGGAUGCACAGACGGAUACAGUGAGUGGAUGGAAAACAUGAGCCGUUUGUCGUACCAAGACAAGCGUAAGAUCAAGUCGAAGCAGGCCGAGAGAUCAAACAUCAGUACGGUGCCAAAGGUGGUGAAGCAGAAGAGAAAGCAGCGACAAGAGAUGAUUGCCGCUUCCAAGAGAAGAAAGGAGCAAGCUAACGGGGAGUAG